GCUGUGGGCGUAGAAGAAGAAAAGCUGCCGUAAAUGAAUAAAAUGAAGUAAAAGACUCUCCGGCAGCUUUUAUGAGAAGACAACGAGAUAGCCAUUCAGAUGCCCGUGGCCGUGAGCGACUGUAAACGGAAAUAAAAAACAAAUAUAUCACGUCGAAGACGCUUUGGGGUUUCUAAUAUGUGGACACAGAAUCCAGGGCAUCCAGGUUCAAGUUAAGGUAUGAUCGUGGACGACAAUUUAAAGGCGCUUAAUAGCGAACAAACUUUUUCAAGCAUUUGAGACGUACGAAGAAAACCAUUAAACUUGGGAGUUAUGUCUCGCCGAAGAAGCCGCAGCUCAUCACCAGGGCGUUUUUCGCGCUCCUGCAACAGUAAUGAUCCCCGAGAUUUGGAGAGACGGAUUUUUGUUGGGAAUUUGCCGACCUCGGACAUGGAAAAGAAGGAUUUGGAAGAACUGUUCACCCCGUACGGGAAGAUAGUCGGCGUAUCCAUGUUUCGUGGGUUUGGAUUUGUACAAUUUGAACGCAUUGAGGAAGCCGAAGCUGCGAAGGCGGCCCAAAAGGGUCGAAUAUAUAAAGGUUAUAAAAUAGAUGUAAAUAUGGCAGUGGAGCGACGGCAAGCUAAACCUCAAUCCCAGCAGAGCCCUCCCCGAAGGGCCCCGUAUAGCAGUUAUGGGGACAGCAAAGAUCCUCGGCCUCGGUCACGUUCACCUGUUUACGGGCGUGAUGGACGUGAUGGACGUGAGCCUCGAGAAGGGCGUAAUGGACGUGAUGGGCGUGAGUCUCGGGACAGCCGUGAUGGGAGGGACCCAGGUAGAGAGCCAAGGCCGGGUGGCCACUCUCGUGACCUUGAUUACCGAAGCUCAGAGAGCAGAGACAAGGACCUCAGAGGUGAUUCACGGGAUCCUGCAUACAGCAGAAGUGACUAUGACCGAUACUACCGCAGUGGCAGUGGUGCUGAAGACUACUACCGGAGGAAGGAUGAACCCUACAGGGACCCUUAUAAAGAUCCCUGGAAUGGACGGCGUGAGCCAGAGGAUGAUCGUGCUCGACCAGAAGAGCGUCGGCGUAAUGAAUUGUAUCGACAGUACUAUGAAGAACUCCAGCGGCGCUACGACACCGACCGUCCUGUUGACUGCUCUGUGAUUGUCGUCAACAAGGCACAAAAGUGUGUGUGUGUGUCUGCCCGUGUGUGCUUGUGCUUCAAAAACAACUGUAGGGAGUAUGCUGAGACGGUCGGGCGGAAAGUCCGUGAUUUGGGGAUGGUGGUGGAUCUGAUCUUCCUCAACACAGAAGUGUCACUAACCCAGGCACUGGAGGAUGUAGGCAGAGCCCGCACUCCCUUUGCCAUCAUCAUUACCCAGCAGCACCAAGUCCACCGGUCCUGCACUGUCAACAUCCUGUUCGGCACACCGCAAGAGCAUCGAAACAUGCCAAUGCAGGAUGCUAUGAUGCUGGUUGCCCACAACUACGACACCUACAAAGUUGAAAACCGGGAAAAAGAGCGCGAGGAGAUUGCCAGAAAGGCUGCCAAGAUGGCGGAUGAAGUGUUACUCAGGGAGGCUGACAGAGAGAGCCACCCCAUUUCAGUGCUCACCGCUAUCACACUGCUGUCUGAAAACAGAUUUAUAACCCCAGAGGAACUGGAUGGCCUCAUUGCGUACCUGAAGGACAAAAGAGCCCGGCUUCUACGAAGCGCUGCAGAACCUCUUACAGCUGCAGUCCAUGUUGCAGCUCCUGCGGCAGCACACCACGACAUUACAGCCUCUGCUGUGGGACUGCCUCCUCCAUCGCAUUCUGCUCACGCCCCCCAACAGUCCAGCCACCUCGGCCUAUCAGCUGGUCCCAGUGCUCCAGCUAACCCCAGCCAUCAGCAGGACUUGCAGGCUAAAAUCCUGAGCCUGUUCAACAGCGGGGUGUCAGCAGGCGCUGGUGGUCUGUCUGGCGCCUCCCAGUCGCAGGGCUACGGCUCUCUUGGUCCACACUCUUCCCAGAAUCCACCCCGCCAAGCCAUGCCUGGCCUCCCGUCUGGAUCCCAGGGUUAUGGUACCCCACCGGGCCUAAUUCAAGCCGCACCAGGCGGUCCAAGAGCCCCCACUUCUGCUUCAGGUAUCAAUUUUGACAACCCAAGUGUACAGAAAGCUCUGGACACGCUCAUUCAGAGCGGACCAUCUCUCAACCACUUGGUGGGAACUGGCUCCUCUCAGCAGCCACCUCCUAGGUCAGCACCUGGCAUGGGCCAGGUCCCGCCUAUGUCCAUGUAUCCCCGACAUUACUGACGGGCUGUAGUGAUUUAAUUACUUCUCCUAAUGUGAUGUCCACCUCUUCCACUGACACAAAUAGACACCGCAUCAAUUCAGCAAAUUUCCCAGCUGUGCAUAGGUAGACUAUCGGAAUGUUUUGUAAAAUCUUACAAGGUUUUUAUUUAAUUCUGGUUAUUGUGUUCAUUUACUUUAGAUUUGAUGACUUGUCCAGACUACCUAAAGAUCUGUAGUUUCAAUUAUUAGCCAGAAGAUAAUUAUUGAGAUAAAUAUUCAUUCUUACAUGUGAGUUCAACUAUUCGAUAUGAAGUGUUUAAAGUACAGUAUAUUUUGGUUUGACUCUUUUCCAGCCGUGACCUGUUGUGUUUUAUAGUUUGUCUUUUUUAAUUUGUAACAUUCAAGACAUGAUUAAAACUUAAAUACAUAAAA